ACCAUGGUCAGGAGCAAGGGCAAAACGCCCCAGCGGCCGGAGGGACCCGGGAGGCCGACCUCCGGGGAGCAGGAAUCCGGGUCGGCCAGCGCGGACAGCGCGCCCAGCCGGGAGCGCCGACAGGGCCGCGGUAAAGCCCACGGGGCAAGACCACUCUUGGAUCCCUGCACCGCGGGGGGCCAGGAGACCCCCGGUGGCCGCAGGAAGCCCACCGUAGAGGAGAACGGCGACUGCAGACGGCCAGAGGCUGGGCCGCCACCGGAGGCUGCGGGGAGACGAGGCAGCGCUUGGCGUCGGGGAUGCGGGCCUAAGGAGAACCACAAGCCUGGGGACGGCCGUGGGGGGCGCCUGGAGGAGAAGGGUCUCCUCGGAGGAGGAAGGACACGCGGGCGCGACCGCCGCAGGAGAGGAGGAAAAGGGCGGGGACGCUCGGUUCAGCGGGGCCACCAAGAGACCCGCAGCCUCAAUGGGGACACGUCUGAUGGAGACGGGGCCAGCUCCUGCCCGGACAGCGAAGCCCGCGAGGCCCUGGAGAGCGGCAGCCAGAGCGGUGGGGCCCCAGAGCGGCGGCCCAACUCGGAGCAAACGGACAUGGGCUCGGGAAGCACCCAAACCGGUCCGGAGUCAGCGCUGGAGGCGCCGAGAGAACGCCCGAGCAGCGACGGCCUGGGCAGCGACGGCAGAGGCGGUGACAAGCCCCCCGCCGGGCCCCGGAGCCCGGAAAAAUCGUCGGGGGCGAGGCCCCAGGGAGAAACCGAGGAUUCCGAGACUGACACAGACUUGAGUCUGGAGGGAGCCGGGCCUGGACGGAGCCUACGGGCAGCCCCAGGAACGACAAGCGGGUCCACUGAGGCCGAAGAGGCUGAACCGGCCAGUAAAGCCGCGGCCUCCAGUCCCCUCGAGGGCAGCCGCGCGUGCGUUCCCCGGAGCUCGCGGGCUUCUCGAGAUCCCAGGCGGGCCCGGGACGCGAGAAACAGUGGGGUGCAGCCCGAGGCUGAGCCGAGGGGCCCCCAGGCCGUUAGAGCCGAGGCCUCGACCGCCCGGGGUCAGCGUACCCAGGUCGGAGAGGGGGUGGGGAAGGUGCAAGAGGAGGAGGGCGUGAGCGAAGCGGGGGCUGGAGGAGAAGGGUCCAGGGACCCAGCGCCGCUGGUCGCCCUGGUGGCGCCCGGCAGGCUUCGCGCGAGGCCCCCGCCAGGGCCCGCUCCCCAGGCCGCGGGUCCCUGCCGCUCGGGCCUCAAGGACCGGCUCCUGCGGGUGGCACGGGGCCUGGGCCUCCUGCGGUGGCUGCAGCUCCGGCCGCGGGCGGGCGAGGCGCGGGCGGCGGGCGAGGGGCGGGGCCGCGGGCCGGGGCUGAGCCGCGGUCUAGAGCUGAGCCUGGCGGGCGUAGCUGGGCUGGGCGGGCGACCGAGGGCUCCCCCUGGUGGCGGCUCGAGUUCCCCGCAGGUUGCGGAAAGGCCAGCCCCCGACGACCCUUCUGAGGACGCGGACCCGACUCCAGAUCCCAAGUUUGCGGUCAUGUUCCCCAGGAUCCACAGGGCAGGGAGGACCUCGAGCAGCCAGAGCUCAGAGGAAGCGUCCGCGGACGCCCCCGCUGGGGAGGGGCACUUUUCGUCUUGUGCGGGGGCUUCAGGGGACAGUGAGGGGCGCAGGGCGAGUGGAGAAGGGGUGGCCGGGCGCUGCCACGGCUCUCUCGGCCCGACUCCCUCCGACGAGCCCCCACUCGAGAGAGGCUCCAGCAGCGAAGCGGAGCCGGAGACCUUGGGAGCCGAGGCUCCGGUGCACUGGGCACAGGGCGAGGACCCCCGGGAGGACCCUGGGUUUGGCACCGAAGCACUGCUGCCCCGACUCAUCUUGGAGACCCGCCUGCGGCGGGAGAGGAGCCCGAGCCCCUGCAGGUUCCUGAGGGAUCGAUGGGAGCCGGAGGAUGAGACCGAGGAGGCGCUGGACAAGGACCUGGAGCUGAGCCUCGGGCCGGGCCUGGAGGCGCCGCCCUUUCCCGGCGCCGAGGACAGGAGCCUGGGGGAAGGCCUGGAAGACACCGAGGACCUGGCCCGGCUGCGGCCGGUGUGCGACAGCUCCGUGCUGCUGUGCCUCAAGAAGAGGUUUUACCUGGGCCGAAUCUAUACCUUUGGGGGGCCCCUCCUGCUCGCUCUGAACCCCCGCCGGCCCCUGCCUCUCUUCUCACCUGAGGUCCUGGCCAGCUACCACCCUAGGAAGACCCCUAACACCACCCCACACAUCUUUGCCAUCGUGGCAGCAGCCUAUAGCCUGUCUCAGAGCACUGGGCAGGGCACCUGCAUCCUCCUGGGUGGGCACAGCGGCUCUGGGAAGACAGAAGCUUCCAGAAAGAUUGUGCAGUUCCUAAGCAGCCUGGAGCAGGGGCAGACAAGGGACAGAGGAUGUCAGCUGGACGACGUGCUGCCCAUGCUCAGCAGCUUUGGCCACGCCAAGACAGUCCUCAACGCCAACGCCAGCCGCUUUGGCCAGGUCUUAGGCCUCUGCCUGAAGCAAGGGGUCAUCCUGGGAGCCUCUGUGUCACAUUAUCUGCUUGAGACCUCGAGGGUGGUGUUUCAGGCCCAGGCUGAGCGGAGCUUCCAUGUUUUUUAUGAGCUGCUGGCGGGGCUGGACCCCAUGGAACGGGAACGGCUCUCCCUACAGGGGCCGGAGACCUACUACUACCUCAACCAGGGCCGGGCCUGCAGGCUCCGGGGCAAGGAGGAUGCCCAGGACUUCACAGGACUGGUGAAGGCCCUGCAGGUGCUGGGCUUGUGCACCGAGGAGUUGACUGCCGUCUGGGCUGUGCUGGCCUCUGUCCUGCAGCUGGGCAACAUCUGCCUCUCCUCUUCAGAGAGGGAGUCACAGGAGGUGGCUGCCGUGUCCAGCUGGGCUGAGAUCCACACAGCAGCCCGGUUGCUGCGGGUGCCGCCCGAGCGCCUGGAGGGGGCUGUCACCAGGAGGGUCAUGGAGACGCCCUAUGGCCGGGUCUCGAGAUCCCUGCCCGUGGAAAGUGCCAUCAAUGCCAGGGACGCCCUGGCCAAGGCCCUGUACUCGCGGCUCUUCACCUGGCUUCUGAGGAGAACCAAUGUGCGGCUGGCACCCCCCGGGGAGGGAGGCAGCGUGGUCACUGUCACUGUCGUCGAUGUCUACGGCUUUGAGGUCACCCCUGGGGGCGGGGCCCAGGACGGGGUGCCCACCUCAUCCUGGUUAUUUCUGGGGACCCCAGCAGCUUCCCUUUGUGGGGGCGCUCGUGCGCUGCUUGCCUUUCUGACCAUAAGAUGGUCCACGAGACAGCUGCGUGCUCCAUAGGUACAGCCAUCUGCCCUGUCCAGCCCUGACGUCGGCUCUGGAGAGUUCUGCCUGCUUGGCCUUGCAGAGUCUCACAGGAGCCCUUAAGACAAUGAAAUACCCUCGGAUGGGUCAGCCUCGCCUGCUGUGUACCCAGAGGAGAGGGAAGAGAGGGAAUCCCCCAAAUCACACUGAGUUUUUCAUAAGCUCUUCACCCCUUUCCAGAACAUCCUGUUUCCUCAAGGCAGGGAGGAGGGGCGAGAGCAAGAGGAGGUGGCCCCCACCUCAGUCCUUGGAUGGGCACUGUGCCCAGUCCCCUGCUCUCUCCUCCUCUCCAGUGUGUCCUUGGUGACUAUCCGCUCUCUGAGGAGGGGAUGACCGUUGCCCGUGUGUGUGUGUGUGUGUGCGCGCGCAUGUACGCACAUGCGUGCUCUUGUGUGUAUUUUAGAACAUGUCAAAACUGUGCAAAGCUACACGAAGCGGGGGCUCUGCUGGGCUUACUAGGAAAGUGCUGAGGGGCACAGAGGAAGGAGCCUGUAAUUCCAACAGGAGGGAUGCUGGAAGGCUUCUUGGAGGCGGCAGCCUGGAGCUCUGCUUACGAGGAUGUGGCAUUCUGAUAGCCAGCGAGUUAGGCUGUAGCAAGAGGUGUCUUCUAGACCACAGGAUGGCUAUGAUCAGAGGCCCGAAGGCUCACAGUGGUGCUAAGGCAGAAGGCAGGGGUGUGGGUUGUUGGAGGGAGGAAGCAUGAUCGAGGCUGGGACUGGGCUGAGGCGGCCUGCAUGCUGUGUCAGGAUCUUUGGUCUUGUCCCUGGAGGAGGAAGCAUCAGCCCUAGGGCACCACUCCCGCCUA